UUUGCAUUAAAAUUUCUAAUAUUUUCUCAUCAACAUUUUCUUAUUUGAGAGCAGCAUUCAGACUAUUCGAUUAUAUCUAACUAUCAAUCCUUUUUUUUCAUUUCUCAAAACGUUUAUUAUCUCACGUGGUGUCCAUUUGCGAAAAAAUACCAGUGACGCAAAUUAUAACCUCAAUUUACGCGUAAUAUUGCAUCCUCCAGUGUAUAGAAGUUUCGAGAAUGCCAAGAUCGAAGAAAAAGUGGGCACUAAUUUGGUGGAUUGAAACUCACGAUAGCAAUGUAAUUGAACUAAACAAAAUAAAAAAAGCAGACCAAAGUGAGGGCUGCGUUACGACAUUGAAGUGGCAGGAUGACAAGAAUAACACAUCUUUCCACAGUGGCAAAGUCAUCCGCAUUUCAGGUAUGUACAUGUGUUUUAAUCUUUUUGCUUUUCAUUUAAUUUAUCUCAAUAAGGAAUCAUUGGAAAGAAAAAUGCAAAAAAAAAUUAUAAACGUUCCGCAGCCAUUUCCAUAAGCAAAUCAGAAUUAGGUGCAUAACAUUUAUUUGUCGGAAAUUGUUCACAUCUUUUCAUGUUUUUUACUAAUAUGAUGUACAAGAUUUCAAUAUAUUGGACAAAUUCUUUUGUAGAAAAAGUUCUAAAGGAGUUAUUUUAAACCAAAAACAUGAUACAAUUCCAUUUUUCUACACAACGUUUUCAUCAGUUGUCAUAAAAUUGAUGAAAAUCCGGCUAUCAUCGGCUCUGACAUAUGGAAGAUUUCUUGUCAUUUCACAUGUGUCCGGUAAAUAUGUGCGAUGAAUAUAUUAAUAGAAAAAUGUUAGAAGAAAAUUCUGGAACAUCUUAAGUACAAAAAAAAUGGUUAAAUUCCUCAACCGAUUGUGUCAUCUUAAUUUCGAUAUAUUUUAAUGAACAAUUAAUUUGUGUUGGGAGAAUUUUUUAGAAAAUCGAGACGAACUAGAAAAAUUAUUCUUGGCUGCGGAUGGAGCAAUUAAAGAUUCUUCUACUAAAUUAUUCUCCAGUGCAACAAUUUCUGACCAGCAAGAACGGUCUCAUCAGGAAAAAUUGGUUCAAACCAUAAGGAAAUCAAACCAGAGAAAGAUUGCUACCAAGAUCCUGAAUGAUUUGCCAAUUUUUACAACUGAUGAUGCUCCACUCAUCAAAAAGCCUCGUAAAGAUGAUACAGAGGGCAAAAAUAGCGAUGAAAAUAGAGGUAGAUACCCUCAACCUGGAAGGAAUAAUUUUAAUGUCCACAAAGUUGACAGCUGUCGAUCAGCACCAGUAGCAUCAACAACUAUGACUUCAUCUCAUCAAUAUUCAGCUUCUCAGUCCCAGAUAUUGAUGCCAUCUCAAUCACCACAUGUAUUGAAGGAACGCUUCUUUCAAAGAAGUGCUUCCAGUCUGGAUGCUCACCACAAGUACACCUCAUGUGGUAAAAAACGACACGUGAAGUCCAAGAGUUCGAAAUAUCAUCCUGACAAAUGCCCUCCACAGAAAUCUCAAAUUCAUCCCGCGACGAUGACAACAGCCUCAAAUUGCGGUAAUCAAGAUUCUUAUAGAUAUGUUAGAAAUGGACAAGAUGAAAGACCAUGCAAAAAUUGGCCGUCACAAAGCGCAAACAUGAUUGGAGUUCAAGGUCAGGGCGACAGUCGUUCUUGUAAUUCGCAGAAUCAGGGGAAUCCCCUUUCUAGUCGUACCGCACCGCCUUGGCAGGAGCAUUCUCGAUCCACUUCACCUUUUCUAUCAUUCAGUCACCCUAUGGACGCUUAUCCAACUUCGUAUCCCUGGUCACAAUCUUCUAUAUCAUCAGAGCCUUAUCCGUUUCAGUCGAUGGGGUAUUAUGGUCACCACUAUCCACCACCACAGCAGGCUGACCCGGAUAAUAUGAAUUAUUGCAAUUGUCGACCUCUUCCUUCAGAAUUCCCUAUGAUUGAAACUGGUGAUAAUACACAGGACAAGGUAUUCACAGAUUUGCAAAAAGUUCGAAAUCCCCUCUACAGAAUUGAUGAAUUUGUUCAGAACAGGAACUCAAAAACUACUUCGCCUUUCAAGACACAACAGAGUUCAGCAAUCGAACAGCGUUCUUUAGGAGUUGAAACCCAUAGCCUCAAUCAAGAGACAGAUGUGAUUGUUGAAUCACCGAAGCAUAUGGGGUUUUUGGGGUCAAUAAUUGAUAAAAAUUCAGAAAAUUGUCAAGAUCAGGCCAAGGGUGAAAAUAAAAAUGAAGAGCGGCAUGAAACACGAGAUCUGCCAAAUAUUUCCACCUCAGCUACAUCAGUGCAGUCGCAGAGUAUUGAAAAAGCCGAAUCAUCGAGUUCGCAAGACGAUUCUGAUAUGCCUGACGAUUAUAGCGAUGGAGAGGGGGUUCAUUCGUCUGAUGAGAAGUCUCUUGAAAGUAAUCUCUGUAUGGAAACCUCUGACAACAAGAAUAUUGACAAAGCAGCUCAAAGGCUCGCAAAGUUGCUGCCAAAUCCGAUUCCGAGAGGAUGGGUAAUGUGUCAAAAAAUACUUCUGAAGGCAUUGACGUACAAUUGCGAAAAAACGAAUAGUGCUAGAGGAAACGAAAUGUUCACACCCCCACCACUGCCUGAAGAAUUUUAUAAGUCCGGUGAAGACAAGGUUGAAAUAGCUGAGAGGUGUGGAUUUUAUCUGAAAAAAAAUCUCGUUACUUAUGUAGAAAUGAUGACUAAAGAUGGAAACGGUUUCUAUUGGAGGAGUGCUGUAACUAUUGUAUUGAACGAGGUGUAUAAAGGAAGUUACUCGUUGACUGAUUACUGUGCCCUUGGUGCCCGAGGUGGAGGAAGGCCAGGAAUUUGCAAAAGACUUUUUGCUGGAUUAAUGGAUUUGCAAGUUAGCUGGAGAAGGAGAAGUCAUUGACCGCGCCUUGUACAUAAAAUGUAUUAAUAAGGCUGCUGGUAACAAACGUAAAUAAAAGUUCCUGGAGGUAAAGAUAUGAAACUAAUGUUAAGAAUAUGAAAAGAUGUGAAAAGCUAAUUAUAAGAGGUUAUAACUAAUUUUAAAAAGUUAGUGUCCAUCUGGUGUGGACACGAAAUGAGUUGUGGUGUUGUAAUGCUAAAAAAACAAUGAGAGAAUUGAGCAGUUAAUUUUAAGGAGCGUGUGAGGAUCAAUAUGAGGUAUUCCAUGCCGGAUGAGUAAACGACUGACCCUCACCCGCUUGAAAAUUGAUGGCGAUUCUUUCUACGAUUGGGGGGCUUGAAAAACUAUGUCUUAAAGCCCAGUUCGGAGAU